AUGAACAAGCUCGUCGCCACAGAUAAAUUUUUCCAACAACACCCUGAUGCAGCUGGCCGUCUUGGUAUGUCUCCAAUUCAAAAAUGUACUGCAGCUAUAAGGGUGUUGGCAUACGGCACCUCAGCCGAUUUGCAUGACGAAUACUUACGAAUGAGUGCCCAAGUCAUUCGUAAAUCAGCCAUCAAAUUUAUUAAAGGUGUCAUUUCCAAUUUCGGAGUUGAGUGCCUCAGAAAGCCCACUAAAGAAGAUAUGGCAGCUCUUCUUCACAUCAGAGAACGGCGAAGGUUCCCAGGCAUGAUGGGCAGUAUUGAUUGUUCAAGAAAUGAUAUCAAUGUACUUGAUCAAUCGCUUGUUUUUGAUGAUAUCUUGGAAGGUCGAGCACCAAAGGCCAAUUAUAUCGUUAUUGGUCGCGAAAGGAAUAUGGGAUAUUAUCUCCCUGAUGGUAUAUAUCCUCAAUGGGGGGCAUUUAUCAAAUCUAUUCCUGCUCCACAACUUCGAAAGCACCAGUUGUUUGCUCAACAUCAAGAGGCUGCCCGAAAAGAUGUUGAGCGAGUAUUUGGAGUUUUACAAGCGUGUUUUGCUUUUAUAGGGAAAAUAAUGAUUGCUUGCAUCAUCAUGCAUAAUAUGAUACUGGAAGAUGAAAGAAGCACUUACCUUAACUAUCAUGAUCCUACAGAAUUCAUCGAAGAUCGACUAAGACAGAAUACUCGUUGA